AUGAAUAACGACCAUGAUAGGACUUGUGCUGAAGAGGGUUUUGUUCAUCAAAAUUACAACAAUGAUCAAGAACAAGAUACUCCGAUGAAUAAUUUUCCGUCUUCUUCGACUCAGCAGAAUGAAUUGCCAAUAGGAGUGCAAAAUGAAUCUUCAAGCAAUCAUCUUAACAAACGAACCAAGUCAUCAAACUCGAAUUUAUUUGUUCCAAAGCAAGUGAUGAUGAAACAAAGAGAAAGAACAAUCAACCCUACCACUGACUCUAGCGAAAAAAACUCUUUAAUUAAUUCUUUACUUCCACCAAACAAAACCAAAAUUACUCUUCCAAUUAUGGAAUACAGCCAAACUAUCGUAAGAGCCAUAGAAGAACAUCAAGUUGUGAUCGUGACAGGAAAUACUGGCUCGGGAAAAACAACGCAGGUGCCACAACUCAUAUUGAAACAUUACCUAGAAAAUGGAGAUGUUAGAAAUUUAGCAAAUGUUAAAAUUAUUUGUACACAGCCCAGAAGAAUUGCUGCUACAAGUUUAUCACGUCGAGUGAACUCAGAAAUGAAGGAAUAUCUAGAAAAGCAACACUUCGAUAAUAUUUUUCACCAUGGAAAAAUGGCUGGUUAUAUUAUUGGAGGAGAGCAUAACAUUGAUAAUGACACGCCCAUAAUAUUUGCUACCGAAGGUUGUUUAACUCAAAUAAUUAUGAAUUUACAAACAGGAUCAAAAGGGACCUAUGAAACGUUUCACAAACAUUUUUCACAUAUAAUUUUAGAUGAAAUUCAUGAAAGAAAGGUGGAUACUGAUUUACUGCUUUACUUUGUAAGAGAAAUUGUCAAAGUUAACCCUAAUGUGCGAGUUAUUUUAAUGAGUGCCACAAUAUCUCAUCAAAAACUUUGCACAUAUUUUGAAACAGUGUUACUGGAUGUGUAUAACAACGUUGAAAAUACGGACAAUGAUGAUCAGGUUCCAGAAUCACCGGGAUUUUCACAAUUUUUAUCCUUCGAAACACUGCAAGUCAGCAGUAAAGUUCCAAUCAUUCAUAUUCCCAGUGGAUGCUAUCCUGUUCAGGAAUAUUUCAUUGAAGACGUCAUCGAUUUAGUAUAUCCUAAAGCACACAACGUAUCAAAAACAAUUCCAAACUAUAACACUCUUUUAACGAAACCGUUGAGACCAGGAAUAACACUUGAAAGAAGAAAAUUAGCAGUAUCACUUAUUGCUAAGCUCCACACUGAACAUGCACUCAACGCAGCAAUUCUGAUAUUCUUGCCUGGCAUGGUAGAAAUUGAGGAUUUUAUGGACGAUUUAGCAUCACCGUACAUUACCAUGGAUGAGUGUCCUUAUGACAUCCAUAUUUUACACUCAUUGGUAGCAGAACAGGAACAAGAUGCAGCGUUAUUACCUUCCAAACCAGGAAAAAGAAAGAUUAUCUUAAGUACUAACAUUGCAGAAAGCUCGAUCACUGUUCCAGAUGUCGUAAUUGUAAUAGAUUUUUGCUUGUAUAAGGGAAAAUUUUGGAAUGAAUCAUGGAAUGCAGAAGUUAUGGGAGUGAAUUGGAUUUCUAGUCAAAGUGCAAAACAGAGAGAAGGAAGAGCUGGGAGAGUUUCUCCAGGAAUUUGUUGCAGGAUGAUAACCAAAAGUGAAUAUGAAAUGUUGGAUGAGUCAGUAGUUCCGGAAAUCCAACGCAAGCCUCUUACGGGAGUUAUUCUACAAAUUUUGAUGUUUACUGGAGCUUAUGAAAAAGAAGAAACCGAUCCAAAGAGAAAAAUCCAAACCAAAUUUCAAGCACCUUCUGAAGUAUUAAGCAAUUGCUUGGAUCCUCCAAAAAUGGUAUUGCUGGAGCACGCCUAUCGCGAAUUGCUUUCGUUGGGAGCAAUAGUACCCAUUCAAACAGGAACUAUUAGCCAGGCUACAGAUAAGUCGAUUGUUGAGCAGUAUGAACUGCAAGAGUCAUAUCUGGUUACAAAAAUUGGAAAGUUCUUGUCUCUAAUGCAAAUUGAGCUGAAAUUAUCGUUUAUCAUUCUUUUAGGAUAUUGUUUAGGAAUUUUGCCAGAAUGCAUGAUUACUGUUGCUAUUCUUUCUAGGUCUGUUCCUGUGCUAACUUUCUCAUAUCUAAAAAUUCUAACAGCUAAGGCAUUAUUUGCAUUUUCUAACCAGUCUGAAAGUGACGUUAUUGCUGGAAUUCAUGCAUUUAAUAGAUUCAAAUCGUUAUCGAUGCAGAAAAAACAAAACAGAAUGAGGCAACGAGAAUUUUACGAAACACUUCAAAUAGAAAUGAUUUCUUCUAAAUCUGCACUAGAAAUUGAAUCUCUGAUUGCUCAAAUAUGUCAUACUCUAUUUAAACAUUACGGAAUUUAUAUUGAAAAUCUCACAUCCACAUCUGCAAGCACCCACAAACGAAACAUAAGGAGAAUUGCCUAUACACCCCAAAUCAUUGGAGAACUAGCAAAAACGCAUACAGUCAUCCCUAAAGAAAUUGUAUGCUCUCUCAAGCUUCGAAAACAGAAAUUAGUUGUUGACAAAGAUUCACAGUUGGGUUGGAAUGAAGCAUUUUCUGAGCUGUUUAAAUAUUUUGACGGUGGAAUUCUAAGCUGUAAAACGCUAACCGUAAGCCCAAGCAAAGUUUCGCUUUCAUAUCCAAUACCUCACUCCGACGAAAAUCUAUUAAUACCGUAUCCACCCAAUUGCAAAACAGAUCCAUUAUUUCCUUUAAAGCUGUUAGCCAGAACUGUGAGAGGAUCUGCUCAAGAAAAGGGCAAAGACAUUCUAUUAACUCUUUCACAAGUGAAGCAAAGUAUGGUAUGCAUUAGAGAUGAUUCAGAUGUAUAUGGAGUUUUUAGAACUUUGCCAAAUGACUUGAUCAAAUCGCACGUUCUAAAGUUUCUAUCGGUGGAGGCCAAACCAUAUCAACGAAAAACACAGUUUUUACAUCCUCAAAUGAGCUCAUCGGAUAAGGCAAUCAUAUCACGCGAUUCCGUAGCAUAUCCAUGGGUGGAUUUGCAGCAUAAACAAAGGAUACUUGUUCCUUCCAGCAUCUCAAUGAAGGAAAUGGGAAUUGUCAUUGAAAAGAAUACGAUACUUCCACCUAUUCAAGGUUUUUAUGAAAUGAGCUUGCUGUUAUUUAUACCUCUUAUUUAUCCUCAAAAAUUUUUCACCUAUAUCCCUAAUGUUGAAGAUUUGGAGCAGGCGUACGAGAUUCGAGUCGGAAAUUUCGCUCAAAACAUAGUCAUCUCUGGUGUAUCUGAUACAUUUUCGAGUCUAGCUGAGCAUGAGAAACCCACACCAUAUUAUUACAAGACCACCAUAAUUCAAACGUGUUCCUCAUUCCACACGAGAACAGCUUACAACACCGAGUUCAUUAUAUCCGAUCUGAAAUUAACCAGAAAAUUACAGAAUUUUUUUCUAGCCAAGCUGUUCAAACAGUUCAUUCAUACAGAUCAAUGCGGAUAUAAUCAAAAAACAGCUAGAAUUUUGAAAUUGGAGUCCAUUGACGGACCAAUUAUUGAACAUGAUGACGAAGAAAACCAUAUUUGUGGAACAAGUAUUUUACGAAUGUCUGAAAUUGCUAAAAUUUCUGAUAGAACUUUGAAAAUGAUAGCUGAUAGAUCCACUUCAACAGACUCACCAAUCGAUAUUUUACGGAGAGUAUUUGAACAUCCCAAACAAGCGUUUAUAAUGAUUGAAACCUCAAAAACGAAUGCCACCAAGUUGUUGUCAUCCAAAAUUUUCUUUUGCAAACAUGAUGAUAUCACUGGAAAAAACAGAGAUUUUUUCACUAUUAACUCCAUUCACUUCACAUCUAAGCAUCACCACCAUCACAACACAAAGCUUAUUACUAUUGACGAAAACAAAGAACAUCACAACACAAAGAAAGCAUUGAAAUCUGAGGUUCUAUCCGAGAAAUUGACGAGUGGAGGAUUUUUACUAGAACCAUUCGCAAAGAAACAUGUAAUCUCUGCUUUCAACAAAAAGUCACAGCUCCCAUCAGAGAAUGCCAAGUUCAGCAUGAACGCGUAUUUCGGUAAACAAGUCUUUUAUGCAUCGAGAUUGGGUUCAACUAACAUUAGCCAAUCACAAAAAAGCCUGACAUUGAACGAUUUCAGAAAUAUGAAAAUAGGAAAUGAGAAUGACUUAAAAGCAUUGUUUUUACCGUAUGUGGAUUAUUGCAGUCAUCCCAAGUGGAACAUUACGAAAGCCUAUGUUGAAUCUCUCGGUGAUCCAUCCAAGAAAGUGAGCUUCUUUUCUGAUCAUGCAUUAUUCCAGCCUUUACUCUCUCAGGUUAAGCCUACAUUGGGAAUUCAAAAAGAGAUCAUUUCAAUGGGUAUUGUUGAUACUAUCACAAGCACUCGAUACAACUUGAGUUUUAGUGUUGACCGAGAAAUGGUGUUCACAGAGAAUGAAAUUUUCAUGUACAAGUGCAAACUUGAACAUGUACGACCGCCUGAGAUCAAAUUACUUUACCUUUCUUGUGUCUCUCCCUGUACUAUUGACAGUCAUGACACUGAAGAAUCAGUGAAAACAAAAAAUGUAAACUCGGUAGAUGUACGCUUUUCCAAAACUCUUCAGACAGUUGUUGACGAGACCACUUAUAUGAACUUAUUAAGGCCAGAGAUUUUACAAUUUGCUGACAGUAUCUGGUAUGAUGAAGACAAUUACACACUAUAUUAUUUAUUUGAGGACAAGAAUAACAAAUCAUACACAGCCAUUGAUCUUGUGCAGUUGAAUUUAGCGUUUGGAAGCACGGUGCCAGAUAUCAUGUCACAAGUUCGACAACAAACACCUCUCGCAACACUCUCUAUGGACUCUGCAAGCUACACCAUUGAGGAACGGUUGCACGAGACAGCAACUACAUUUAUUUUGACAUUCCGACACGUGGUGGAUAUUUGCAAUCCAUUCAAGAGGCAGCAACGUGAAACAGUUCAUGAACAAAGUACUGGAUUGGAAACGAAUAAUCAACCGUGA